AUGGAGUCUAUUGACCCCUAUUAUCAGGGCGCGGCAAUUCGUGUUGCAGAUAUGAAGCUAUUGGUGAGCUGUCCGAAUUCCACUUGGUUCAAGCCACCAGAACUUUAUAACAAAGAAAUGGUUAGUAACUAAAGGUCUUUCAUGAAUAUUUUUGAUGAACAUAAUCUCAAUUCCCUACACGAAUCGAAUCCAUAACUUCCCAAACACUGGGUGACCGCUCUAUCCACUUAGUUUCGAAGAAAUUCAUGAAGCCCAAAGCCAAUUACUGGGUGCUUACUUUCGAGUUUUUACUGUGUCAUGCAUAGCGAAAGGAUCAGCGAUGUCGACGGCGUACCUAUUUUACGGUCAUAAACAGAGAGAAAGGAAAUGAACAGAGAAAAAAGGAAAACGUUAUUCUCGUUAAAAAGUAAGAGGCCCUCUAGGUGGUGGUGUGAAGUUUUCGUUGCCAUGCACGGGGUGAAAAAAGUUGAUAUAUCUCCAACAAUUGAAACUCUCUUGUUUUCCCUUGAGUUAGGAGACAACGGAUGUUACUAAAACGAGGAACGUGGAGCGGGGAACGGGGAACGGGGAACGGGGAACGGGGAACGGGGAACGGGGAACGAUCACGAGGAACGAAAUGAAACAUUGAAACAAAACCCUAGCCUUGAACCCUAGCCCUAUCAAUAACUUCAUUUCAUAUUCUCUGCAUUGUUCCGAUUUUUCAAUUUCCCCUUCUCCGUGCUCGUUUAGGCCCCGCUCCCCGUUUUAGUAACAUCCGGGGUCAACGUACGGUGGCAACUAAUCCGUGUAUUGCCGUUUUUGUCAUUUGUUCUGAUGUUGACAAAGGACGGGCACCUUAUUACAUGAAAUUUUCGCGACACGUUAAUUUCACGAAUUUCGCGAUACAAAAAAUGGCGAAAUUAAAGUGACGCGAACAAUAAGUGUCGCGCACAUAACAUGACGCGAAAAUUAAGUGACUGACAUCAUGUCCAUAAUUAAGAAAGAACAAGUUUAUUACCACUGAAACGUUUACAAGAUCUGAGGAAUUUUCAGUGUAAAUGGAUGUUGUAGUCAAUUGACUCAAGAACGAUAAUUCACGUACAAGCAUGAAAUGCUUGUGGACAUAGUGAGAACUGCUUUGUUACUGUUAAGGAUAUAAGAAAUAAAUCAUAAAUGAACUGCGGAAAUGAAAUGAAAAUGAAGAAAUGAUCUUCGCAGUGAACGCAAUUUAUGCAGUUGGGUAAAGAAGCCUGAAAAAAAAAUCAGGACUUCAACGGGGUUUCAACCCGUGACCUCGCGAUUACCAAUGCGAUGCUCUACCAAUUGAGCUAUGGAGCCACUGACGUUGGGAGCAGGUCAGGUGACUGUUGACACUAGCCUCACUGUUGCAUUUUUCUUACUUUUGACGUUGUUGUUCCUUUGGUAAAGGAAUUAUAUUUAAUUCAAGGAGAUGUUAAAUGACAUUGCCUGUAAAAUGUAAAUUAUUGUACUCAAAAAUGCGAAAUUAAAGUGAUUCAAAAUAUAAAAUUUUCAGAAAAUCCCGAAAUUUAAGUGUCGCGAAAUAUGCGCACAUCAAAAUUGCGAGGUAAACAUGUCGCCAAAAUUUAAUGUAAGUGGUUAUCUCUUUUUACCAUUUUCAGAAUUCUCAAGUGAAAGGUUUUAUUGAAGUUGCUCUUUACAAUAUCACAGCUGAUCCUACAGAACACAAUGAUUUGAGCCAAAAAUUGCCUGACGUCGUCCAAAAAUUGCAAGAGAGACUGGAGUUUUACAAACGUAGCGCCGUAACCCCUCUAAACAAGCCCGCAGACAGCCAGGCUUGGGAUGUUGCGCGGAAGGAUGGCAUUUGGACGCCUUGGAGAAGCACAGUGGACGAGAAAGCCUAA